AUGUGUAACAUCUCCAGAUUCGAAGAUGUGGUGGUCUUGGAAUUGGACAAGGUUUCUAAAGGAUUGAAGCUAAUGAGCAAUUGGAGAAACCGGGCCCCUGUAUCUUCAACCGGACGACCGAAUGGAGAGCGCUCUGCCUCGUGUCAGUGCCAGGCGUCGACUCGGCGCAGAGGGGUCGCAGUUGAAUGUGGAAACACAGAUAUCGCAUAUGUGUCGGGAGCUGUUACAGCUGGCCCUGCGCCUUGCAAGCUCGGCCGCGGUGGGAGGCGACCGCAUCGUAUUCGGGAUGAUGGACACGAGUUGGCGGAGACGCUCGACGCCGAUCAGGCUGAGGGUGCGAGGACCAUCCACAUCGAAUCUCUCGUACAACCGCCGGAUGUCCAUGGCAACUGGGAAGACAUCGACCAACGAAAGCAAUCGCUUCUCCUUCAGCGUCGUUAUACCUAG